AAGUUUCUCGCAAUGGCCGACUCCAACGAACCCCAGCCGGUUGUACCGGUCCCUCGCUCCACUAAGCCCGUCAGCGAGGCCCUGCUGAACGAGAAGUGGGACCGCGCCAUCUCUUCCCUCAUCAUCCGUUCCUCCCUCGGUCUCUCCUUCGGUGUCGUCUUCUCUGUUCUGCUCUUCAAGCGGAGAGCCUGGCCCGCCUGGGUUGGUCUGGGCUUCGGUGCCGGCCGUGCUUGGGAGGAGGCUGACUCUUCCUUCCGUCGGGGUGACUCCCCCGUCAGAGAUGCUCUGCGCCGGUAGAGCAUCCCCGACUCGGCAUCUGUUUCUGUAUGAUACCUGUAUAGCUGGGAAGGAAAUCAAGUCGGCGGUGAGGGCACACAGUGGUGGUGCUGUUUAGAAGGCUCUUCUAGACUUUUCUUUAC